UCGUUAGUGUUUCCUGGGUAUUUGUUAUCCGUAAAUGAAUCACUUGACAACGAAACUCAACCACGAAACGAAAGUGAAGAAGUUUUACAUUUUAUUAAAGAUAUGGAUCGAAAAAUGAAAACAUUAAUAAGAUCCGUAGUCAAGUCUAAUUUACCUUACAUGUUGAAGAUGUCCGAAGAGGUGACAUUAUCUUUUUCGUGUAAGAGUAGUUUUAUGCGAUUCGUGCAAGAUUUGAUGAAAAUGAAAGUCUGGACGUUCAGCUUAUUGGAUUCUAUCGGUAAACCCCCCUCAGGAUUAUUAAAAGGAACACUGUGGAUGCAAGGUGAUUAUGACCAAUGCCUUGACAUCGAAACCAUGGAAAAUAAAGUUGUCAGAGGAAAAUUCUGUUCAGUUCUUAUGAAAUUGCCAAAGUUACAACAGGAUACAAUACAAAGAGUAUCCUCAUCUGACAUCACAAUUGUGCAAUUAUUGAAAAAUCUCUUUAAACCAGCUUCUAUAUCCCAAUUCCUGAGCAAAUUAAACACGUUGCGUUUAGAUGUUUGUAUUCCAAAUUCCUGUAGUGAAAAUGACUUGGAAAAUAUUGGAAAAUGGCUAAUAAGAAAAUUUAUAAAAGUUGAAGUAGAAUUCUGUAAAACGAAAGAAGAGAAGAAAGAAUAUUCAAUAUCGCAACUAAUUUGUUUAGCAGUGUUUAGCAGUUUAAUAAUUUGCAUAAUCUUAACUACGACCGUUGAUGCUUUGUUGAAAUUACAUAUAGUUAGCAAGAAAAUGGUAAAUGGAAAAAUAUUUGACAUUGUCGUAUCGCUAUCCGCACUAAGCACUGGAAGUAAACUGUUUUCUAGCAACAUUUACGAGGAGACAAAAGCGCUAAGUGGAAUCAAAAUUUUAGUGAUAUUUUGGGUUAUAUUUGGUCACAUUGUAACAUCCUUCGAUCUAAUACCGACCGUUUUGGAAAAAUAUUUGAAUUUAUUUGGACUGUGGAAUCACAUACCAAUGGAAAUUGCAUCUAAUUCAUUUGUAUUAAUUGAAAGUUUUUUCGUAAUUAGUGGAUUUCUGACAUUUUAUACACGAAAACAAAAAGCAAAUUCAAAAAUGCAAUAUGUGCAAUUCGUGAUAAACAGAGCUAUCAGGUUAACUCUACCAGUUCUUUGUGUUGUGGCCACGAUGAUUAUUUUACCUCUUUCUGGCGAUGGUCCACAUUGGGAAUACACUAAACGUGAAGCUGAAUUUGCAGAACGACAUUGGUGGGCAUUUGCAAUUCAUAUUCAGACUUAUAUGGGUUAUCCAUAUAACUUUCUGAAUCAUUUAUGGUUUAUGAGUAAUUUGAUGCAACUCACGAUUAUUACAGCACCAUUGUUAUUCGUGUGUGACAGAUGGCCAAAACAUGGUCUACUUCUAAUAUUUAUGUUAGUUAUUGUUGGCAUUGCCUCAUACGUGACUAACACGUUAAUGUCAGACAUCUUCCCUUUCUUUGGAUACUCUGUUGACAGGGAAAAAUUUUAUUCUUAUGUACAUAAUAACUAUCAAAGACCGUAUUAUUCGCAUCUCAGCUCCUAUUGCACGGGUUUACUAAUUGGAAUUAUUCUGUCAAACAAAGUGGAGCUGAAGAUUAAAAAAAUAUAUCGUGUAAUCUUCUGGAUAAUUUCGUUGUCUUUAUUGAUGUGUUCUACUUUUGGAUUGCACAAACAGAUCACUGAAGUGUCUCCAAACAAAUCCCUUAUUCUUAUUCACAGAGCUUUGUCGCCGUUUAUAUGGAUAAUUGGGCUUUCUUGGAUAUGUGUAGCUUGUAUAACUGGAUAUGGAGGUGUUGUUAACAGAUUCCUGUCUAUGAAAGUCUUCACCAUUUUAGAUCGUUUGAAUAUAUGGAUUUACGUGCUUCAUCCUCUAGUUAUACUUUAUAUUUACGCUCAGCUUAGAAAAGGUGCAAUGAUGACUGAACUAAAUAUGUGGAUGCUGUUCACAUUGGUGCUGUUCCUUUCGGUGAUUGUAUCUUUUUUCUAUUACAUCUUUAUCCAAGCUCCUCUCGACUUUCUGGCCCUCAAAUUAUUACGUUCAAAUUCAAAGAAGAGAGCUUCAGUCAAAAAUUGUCAAUUGACAACCAUAAGUAUGCGGCUUUAAUCCGGUCGAUAUAUGAACAUGUUAUGAAAAGCAGGUUAUUAGCUAUAUUGAAAUGUGUAUAACCGAUGUUUUAAGUACUUAUAUUAUGUAAAGAAAUUUAACACACAUUAAAAUGUAUUUACAUGUUAUAGCAAUCUAGUGAUAAUGAAUAUUUAGAAAUUUUGAUUUUGCA